AUGUGCUACCACUGCUACGUGUCCAUCUGCAAACCCCUGCACUACGGGACCCUCCUGGGCAGCAGAGCUUGUGCCCACAUGGCAGCAGCUGCCUGGGCCAGUGCCUUUCUCUUUUCACUGAUGCACACGGCCAAUACAUUUUCCCUGCCCCUGUGCCAGGACAAUGCCCUAGGCCAGUUCUUCUGUGAAGUGCCCCACAUCCUCAAGCUCUUCUGCUCCAAUUCAUACCUCAGGGAACUUGGGCUCAUUGCGGUUAGAGCCUUUUUAGGUCUUGGAUGUUUUCUGUUCAUUGUUUUCUCCUAUGUGCAGAUCAUCAAGGCUGUGCUGAGGUUUCCCUCUGAGCAAGGGGGACGGCACAAAGCCUUUUCCACCUGCCUCCCUCCCCUGGUCGCUGUCUCUCUGUUCGUCACCACUGGCACAUUUACCUAUCUGAAGCCCCCCUCCAUCUUGUCCCCAUCCCUGGAUCUGGCCCUGUCACUUCGGUACUCAGUGGUGCUUCCAGCCCUGAACCCCCUCAUCUACAGCCUGAGGAACCAGGAGGUCAGGGCUGAAGUGGCUCCAAAGCUCCUUGGGACAGAGUGGAACAUCAUGGAAGCCAGGAGACCCUCACGGAGCCAGGAGACCGUCAUGGAGCCAGGGGACCCUGAUGGAAGCCAGGGGACCCUGAUGGAGCCAAGGCUGCAGCGGGACACAGAGGGACUUCGUGGAAGCCAGGAGAGCGCUGUGAGGCUGUGGAACAAUGCGGCACCGAGGUUCCACUGGGACUUGACAGAAGUUCCUGGAGACAAGGAAGCACUGGGAGCCUCCAGAGUCAGUGUGCAGGAGGAUUUGGGGUUUAAAAAGGAAGAUUUGGGUUGA